CAGGUGGUGGAAGAGAGCGACGACGAGGAGGACGGCGAGGCGCAGCCUGCGAUCCCGGGGCCCUCGGCGCAAGUCUCCGAGGAUCCGUUCCCACAGCUCAAAGUCGACAGGAGCUCUCAGGGCGUCGAGCACGCGAAGCAACAGGGCAACGGCCUCUUCGCGAAAGGCCUGUUCGAGGACUCCGUGAGUUGGUUCUCGAAGGGCAUCUGGCUCGCAGGGCCUGAGCACAAGCUUGGGGUCUCUUCCGAGUUGCAGUCCAUCUUGCACUCCAAUCGCGCCUUUGCUCUCAUCAAGCUCCAGAGAUGGGGAGAGGCGGAGGCCGACUGCUCGAAGGCCAUCGGCCUGAACAGCCGCAACGUCAAGGCGCGGUACCGGAGGGCCAUGGCUCGAUACGAGCUUGCGCUGCCAGAUGCCGCGCUGGAAGACGUGGUGCAGGUGAUAGACGAGCUGCCCGAGGGCCCAGGCAGGGUGGAGGCGGAGGAGCUGCGCUGGAAGCUGGAGGCCGCGAGCAGGCAGCAGAGCCCUUCAGGCUGGGAGAGGAUGCAGAUCGUCGAGAACAACGACAGCGAAAAGCCGGAGGACGAUCGAGGCCCGCACCCCGACCUUGCGGUGGAGCUCACAGCCGAGGGAAUCGAGAAGGCGAAGCAGCAGGGGAACAAGCUGUUCGCCUCCGGCUCCAUCGAGGAGUCCGCCAGGUGGUUCUCCCAGUGCAUCUGGGCUGCGGAGAGCAAGUCCGUCCUGGGCCUUCCGCCAGACUUUGUUUCCGUUCUGCGCUCCAACAGGGCCUUCGCCUACGUCAAGCUCGAGAGGUGGGCCGACGCCGAGGACGACAGCUCCUCGGCUUUGAAGCUGAACCCUGGGAACACGAAAGCGCUGUACCGCCGGGCCAAAGCGAGGAAGGAACUGGGCAAGGCGCAGGCGGCCUGGCAGGACGUCGAAGCUCUGCUGAAGGCCCUGCCAGCCGACGCCACUGGCAGGGGCGACGCAGAGGCCCUCAAGGAGCAGAUAGCGAAGCAGCUAACAGCGGCAUGAGGGAGCCAGCAAGAGGGCGCUUACGCCGCCCCUCCUGGCAGAAGGAAGGAGGGAGGCGGAGGGAGGAGGACGGCGACUGCUGCAGCACCG